AUGAAUAUUUCACAUAUUCAUCGACAAUGGCCAGUUCACAUUUUACUGAUGUUUCUAAUCAUUUGUCUUAUUGAUGAUACAAAAAGUGAUUCAUUUCCAACAUUGGAAUCAACUAUUAUUUCUCAUGGUGGACAAGUAUUACGAGUGACCGAUUCACAAUAUAAAAAUGCGGCUACACUUUGGAAUCCUGCAAUACAAGUUUGGCCUAGUCUCAUAUUACAACCAGCAAUUUAUGACGAUGUUUCAUUAGCUCUUUCAACACUCUAUUCUGCUAAAGUUUCUAUUCGUAUCAUGGGUGGCCGACAUAGUUAUGGUGGUUAUUGUAGUCAUCGAGGUGUUGUCUUAGAUUCUUCACGUCUAAAAAACAUAACAAUAAACUGGGAAGAUGAAACAAUAACAAUGCAAUCUGGUGUCGUAUGGAGUGAAGUUUACGAUGUUUUAAAAGAAUCAGAAUAUAUUAUAAUUGGUGGUCUUUGUCCAUCAGUAGGAGUCGUAGGUUUUACAUUAGGAGGUGGCUAUAAUUCUAUGUACACACGUUCGUAUGGUCUAGCUUUAGACAAUGUUCUUAAAUUUACUGUUGCACUUUACAAUGGCACUAUUGUCACAGCAUCAUCUCAAAUGAAUCCAGAUCUCUAUUGGGCAUUGAGAGGAGGUGGAGGUGGCAAUUUUGGUUAUGUAUUAGAAAUGACACAAAAAAUUCAUCGAAUCACUGACACAAAACUACCAUCCGGUCAAAUCUCCUUUUUUAAUAUUACUUGGGAGAAUCAAGAUUUAAAAGAAGCUCUUCUUAAUUGGUUAAUUUUUCUCAAUGAUGUUGCCGAUAUGGAUACUCGUAUUUCAUUUGAUGUAAUUGUAUAUGUUUCAUCUGAACGAAGAUUUAUUAUGAUGUGGGGUACGUUCAAUGGUCCUCAAGUAGAACUUCAACCGUUAUUCAAUUCAUGGUUAACAAAGAAUCCUAAGCCAGAUACUUUUUCAAUAUUCAAUUAUACACAAAUGGAUAUAGCAAGAAAGAUAGGCAUCUUAAUCAAUCCGUUUCCAGUUAGAGAAAGACAGCAUAUUGUAUCUGCUAUGGCAAUCAAUAUUACAAGUACUAUGUUAGAUGUUAUUUUAGAAUCCCAACCAAAUUCUACUGUACCGAUAGCCCAAUUUAUGGAUAUUAUUUAUCUUAAUAAUGCAAAUAAAGAUAAAAAUACAGCAUGGCCUUUUCCGGAUAUUUCAUUUGAUAUUGCACCUGGCUUUGUAUGGACUACACUUGAUGGUGAUUAUGCUGCUAUUAAUGCAGCUGAAAGUUGGUGGCAAAGACUACUUAACGCUGCUGCGCCUACUCAAAGUAUUGUAGGAGCAUAUCUCAAUUAUAUUGAUCCAUAUAUGCCGAAUUGGCAAUCAAUGUACUAUCGUAAUAAUUGGAAUCGACUAAGAGAAAUCAAAACAAUAUGGGAUCCAACAUGGUACUUUCGUUUUCCACAAGGUAUUCCACCGAUUACUCAACAGUCACUAGCAACCAAAUUUACAAGCAAAUGGUCGAUACUUGCAAUCACAUUUACAAUAACUGUCUUUUCAAAAUUUUCGUAUUUAUAG